CUGGCAAAAUUUUUGUUAUAUAUAUUUUGCCACAAUAAAAAUGAGUGUAAUAACAAAACAAGAUCGCAGAAGGCGAGCUCCUUCCCGCUCUGCGCAGGGCAAACGUGUGCCUUUCCCGCUGGCGGUCCUGGGGUCCCACGGUCGCACCGUCCUCCAGGCGCGCAUGCGCAACGGGGUUCAGGGCCUGCGGGGUCCCUGCGCUCACUACCGCCAUCUAGGCCCGCGUACAGUUCCUGGCAGAGGUGGAGGAGGGAGUGUGCAUGUGCCAGCGCCCUAGCAGAGCUCUCCUCGCCGCCCCUCCUCCCCAGCUGUGUCUGCAACACCUUUCCGGGCAGCCGGGGAGGGGGAGGAGUCCUUCAGCGCAACGCUCCCGGGGCUUCCCGUUUCUCUGAAUGGGCCCGCCCCGAGGGGCGUGAGGAGGAGGCGGGCGGACUUCUGACUCGGGUCCUUGAACUGCCGGCUGCCGAGCCCGAGUCGGAGCCCGCAGCCUUGUCAGGCGGUGAGAGAGCCAUGUUGGCACUGCUGGGGCUCAAGCCCGAAGUGCAAGACACCUGCACCUCGCUGGGGCUGAUGCUGUCGGUCGUGUUGUUCAUGGGGCUGGCCCGCGUGAUCGCCCGGCAGCGGCUGCACAGCCCCAAGGCCCACGCCUUCGUCUUGGAGUUUCUGGCCACCUUCCAGCUCUGCUGCUGCACCCACGAGCUGCUAGUGCUGAGCGAGCAGGACCCCGCGAACCCCACCUGGCCGCUGACGCUUAUCUACUUCUUCUCGUUGGUGCAUGGUCUGACUUCGGUGGGCACCGCCAGCAAUCCGUGCGGCGUGAUGAUGCAGAUGAUGUUGGGGGGAAUGUCCCCCGAGUUGGGUGCAAUAGGUCUGUUGGCCCAGCUGAUUAGUGCCCUAUGCAGCAGGUACUGCAUAGGCGCCUUGUGGAGCCUACGUCUGACCAAGUAUCACGUCAGCGAGAGGAGCUUCGCUUGCAGGAAUCCCAUCCACGUCGACUUGCCCAAAGCGGUCGUCAUAGAGACCAUCUUCUCCUUCAUCUUCCACAGCGCCUUGCUGCACUUCCAGGAGAUCCGAACAAAGCUUCGUAUCCACCUGCUGGCAGCACUCAUCACCUUUUUGGUCUAUGCAGGAGGAAGUCUAACAGGAGCUGUAUUUAAUCCAGCUUUGGCACUUUCACUACAUUUCAAGUGUUUUGAUGAAGCAUUCUCCCAAUUUUUUAUAGUAUAUUGUCUGGCUCCUUCUUUAGGUAUAUUGUUCAUGGUUUUGAUGUUCAGCCUUUUCCUUCCCCGGCUGUAUAACAACCAUAUAAUUAAUAAAAAGGAAUGAUUAUUUCAAAAGACUCAGACUAAGUUACAUGACAAUCAAGCUGGACGUGAUAAAGAUUUUAUCACCUCAUAUUCAACAUACUGGAUGCACUGGAUUCUUCAAUAUUAAGUAAGCUUCCUUUGAAGAAGCUGCCUUAUAGGUUUUACCAUUGGGACUUAAAAAAAAAAUGUGAAUUGAGGUAUCCUGUGUUUCUCAGUUAAGAGUUGUUCUUUUGAAUGAUGUAUUAAAUGCUGCUAGAAAAUACUCACUACAUUAAAUAUAAAUCUCAAAUGACAAUUGUUAACUCCAAUGAAAAAAAUGAGUAUAGGGUAAGAAGGGAAGGUGACGGACGGUAGGAAGAAAGUGAAGUGUGUGUAUAUCAAGUGUUACCUGAAAAAACAGAAUUUUUAACCUAAGUACAACCAGUCAUCCUGACAGAACUGGAGGGAGGAUACUUUUCAGCCAGCACCUCACACAGUGAUACCAUCAGCAGUGUCAUCUUUCAAUAGGAAAGUUACUUUUGGAAGCAGAUUAUAUCCACUUAUACUUAAGGGGCUUCCUAAAUUUAAAACAUAUUCUAAUCUAAUAUCUAAAAUAUUUCAUCUAAGUAGAUAAUCUCACUAGCUUAAAGAAAGUCAUUACUCUUCAAAAUAAUUUAAUAAAAUAAAGCACCCAUACAGUCAGGAUGUAAGCUUUUCACAUUCUCAUUUGAUCCUAACAACUACAUUAUGAAGUAGGUAGUACAUGUAUUUUUAAUGUCCAUGUUACAGAUAAGGAAACUAAGUCUAGAGGGGUUCUUUGUCCUGCCCAAGGUCACAAAGGGCCAAACAACACCUUUAGGCUUCUACUUCAAUGCAAAAAUUCCAUUUGGUCAUCACUGACUAGUGGAAAAUAUGAAGGUUUUGAAGAAACAUUAAAUACUUUAUAAAUACUAAAAUUUGUUUAGAAAUUAACUUCUGUUUUGAGGUCUAAAGAAUCCUCAAGUUUUCCUCUAAAAGGUUUCUAUUAUUACAUGAGGUCUAAUUUUUAUUAAAAGUUCAGGCCAAAGUUAAAUGUGUUUCUCUUCAAAAGAAAUUCCACUGUCAGGGAUAGAAUUGAAAGCAAAAAAAUAUGGAGUGAGAUCUGGUCUGUUUGAGUAAUAAUCAAUUAACAAGCAACUGAUAAGUUGCCAGGUAAUUUAAGUGCUGCUUGGUGAUCGGCUUGAAGAUAGUCACUCUACUUACACCUGCGCCUUGAAGAUAGUCACUCUACUUACACCUGCGCACUGAAAUGUUGCUAACUCUACCCAAUGAGCUCAGGAAGGUAGCCAGUUUGACAAUAUGCGUUUUGCCUCUUGAACUUACAAACAAAUACAUAUCAUAAUUUUAUUUUUGAAAGAGUUCACAAAAUUGUGACUGAAUGGCUAAAUGCAGUUUCCGAUGUUUUAUUUGGCCUGCACAGUUAUUUUAAAAACAAUUUCGGCCAAUAUUUUGUCUUUUUCACACAAAAAUCUAUAGUUCCAGCUUCUCUUGAAAAAUCAUCCGGCAAUAGUAGGCCUGAAUUCUGCCAUGGCAACAACACAAAGUAAUGGUUAUUCGUUUUAAAGUGGUCUCUUGCCACUCCCUAUGUCUUCCAAACAUGAAGCUGAGUUUUCCUUAUUGUUUCAUGGUUGUUUUUCUUAUAAUACAGAAAUACUUCUUUUUAUUUAUGUCUCUAUCUUGAGAAUUCUGUGGUUUAAGAAAAAUGAGAAUAUUAAUUUGUGAAAAACACCCAGCUGUCUGAGCUUCACCUGUCAGACUCUGAGGUUGUGACUUCGGGUGACACUGCUGCCCCUGCAGCCCUCUUAAGUGGUGGCUGUUUUCUCUCCCACACCUCUUAUGUCAUUGGGCUCAGAGGUGGAGUAGAUUUCCUUGCUUCUCAUUGCUGCUUCCUGGCCAUUCUCCUCUUCUCCCUCCAUUAAAAACAUGUCAUCAGAACAUGCCAUCUGCUUCCCAGUUAUUUCUUGCUGCAGUCAUCUACUGUACCCUCCCAUCCAUCCCCCCUCAUUCGUUUAACAUCUUAGUUCCUGUCUCAUUUUCACUCUCUACAACACUACUCCAGUUAUACUUCCUGGUAAUUUCAAUACCAACACAGAUGAUCCUUCCGAUGUCUUGACCUCUCACUUUGCCUUUCCUUUGAUAAUUUUGUCUUCUAUUCUGCCUCAGCUCAAACUUUGGUCAUAACCUUGAGCUUAUCAUUACCAACAACUGAAACUCUUCAAUGAUCUCAAAUGCCCCACUCUCCAGUCACUACCUCCUCUCUCCUUCCAGCUCACUAUACUACUACUCCAUUUCCAAUGAUCCUUUGACACAUGGGGAACUUCUGUGCAUUGAUGCCACCACCUUUUCAUCUCUCUCACCCACUGAGGUACUCUCUUCUCCUUAACCAGUUUAAAUUACUUGGCAAAUCAUCACUACCUGUUUGCAUUCACUCUUAACUCCCUUGCUUCUCUGUUCUUCUUCAUACUCACAUGAUUUAAACACAACUUGAUUAAAUCCAACUGAGAAACUGGAGACAGCAGUAGAGAUAGUUCUUUCAAGGAGUUCUGCUAUAAAGGAGAAAUGUGGGAAGCAGCUGAAAGGGGGAACUAGGUCAAGAAAGGGCUUUUUUUUUUUAAGAUGGGAAAAAUAAUGGCAUGUUUAUAUGCUGAUGGGAAUGAUGCAAUAUAGAGAAAAUAACUAAUGAUGUAGGAGAUGGAGUGGAAAUUUCCUGGGACCACAAUUUUUAAUAGGUUAGUGAAGAUACAAUCUGGUGCACAGUGGAAGGGGUUGGCUUUAGGUAGGGUUAUAGACAGGGCAUCCAUAGAAAUAGCAGAAAAGAUAAGACUAUAGGGGCACAGGAAGAGUUAGGUAAGCAGAUGUGUUAGUGGGAGUUUGAGCAAGUUCUCCAUUUUUGCCUUGAAACAUUCCAGUCAGACCUUCAACUCCAUGUCUCCGGUAAAACUGGUUGUAAAGGACAUCAAAGACUUCCAUGCUGUUAAAUCAAGUUCUCACCCUUCUUACCUAUCAGCAGCAUUUGACACAAUUAAUUGCUUUCUCCUCCUGAAAACACUUUCUUCCAGAAAAUCAUGCUCCCUCAAGUUUUCUUUUGCUAGUUCUUCCUCCUUUUCCCAAACUAAAUGCUACAGUGCCCCAGGGCUCAGUCCUCUGAGCUCUUUUCUCUUUAUAGUUACUCCCUUGGUAAUUUCAUUCAGUCUUGCAGCUUUAGGGCAACUAUAUCCUAAUGCCUCUCAAAUUUAUAUCUACAGCUUGUACAACUGUCCUGAACCACAGACUCAUAUCCAUUAGUCAACUGGAUGUCUCUAUUUGGUUGUCUAACAGACUUCUCAAAUUCAUACUCUAGUUAAUUCUAACUGCACAGUUUAUGCAUUAUACUGAAGCAGUGCUUUGGCAAACAUUCUUGUGCAUGUCUUCUCUGCACAUAUGUUUCUCUAGUGUAGCAGGCUUUCAUACUUUUUAUCAUGGUCCACUAACAACACAGUUUAGUCCAAGCCACCAUCUGCUCUUGCCCAGAUUACUGCAGUAACUUCCUAUUUCUACUGCCUGAGUGAUCCUAUUUAAACAAUCAAAUCAUGUCACGCUUCCCAUUUCAGACUAACACGACUGUAUUCCUUCAAUAAACUAUUACAAAACUGGUGGUGCAAAAUAUUAAUGUGCUGGGAAAAAUCACAUAUGAACCAGCCUAACUUCUGGGUUAAACCAAUAACACUACCCUAUUUUGCAACUGUUUGUAAGCUAAUUCACAUUAUUAAAAAACACACUGUUGCAAAAUAUUGGAAUGCUAGGACUAGAAUAACUACAUACUUUAAACCAUCCAAAAAGCAUACAGGAAGAUUCCACAACCUCUUGUGGAAACACUCUUCAGCUUAACCACACUUUCAGAUAAUUAUUCUGUAACUUUACUCUCACCACAAGAUGUAAGUCCUGAGAUCCUAGGCAUGUUUUAUUUGCUGCAAGUAGCCUCGUAACUAGUCUCUUUGCCUCUAGUCCUCCUUGAGCAAUUACUAAUUGUUCAAAUAGAGAUGGGUUAUUGUGGUAGAAUUUUAUUUAUCUAAGAUUUCAGAUAAAAUCAUUACUAUAGAGCUAAUUCUCAUGCAAAUCCUAUUUUAAAAGUAUUUCUAGAAUGGCUGAGUCCACACCCGGUAACCCAUCUUCUGUAGCCAACAUAUGGUCAAUAAUUCUAAGUAACAGUCCUUUUUAGGAUUAAAGAAUUACUGCUAUCUCUCCAGAAAGGAACUGGAACAUAUUUCACUAGCAUCUUCAUAUCUAUUUUAAUUGCUCUGUAGAUGUUUAAAUUUCAAGCUUCAUAGGUAUUCAAAAAGGUGAGUUAAUAUUAUAUUUGUAGCUUCUUUUUCUGUUAUGAAAAGAAGUAAUUACCACUGCUGGUAAUAAUUAACAUCUAUUUAGAAAGCCUUUUGUUUAGGCACUGUUGUUCUAGUACAGGUUGUUUUACAUGUAUUAGCGAUUCAUAUCAUCUCCAAAAUAACCCUAAGAAGUAUUAAUUAGCCUAAAUGGUUAUAAGCCUUCUUACCUCCAGGUUAUAUAGCUCUAUUUUAUCUUUUUAAAAUUAAAACAAAAAAUUCUUACCAAAUAUACUGCUCUCCCAAAAAAUGUUUUCCUGAUUUCUCUUCUGAAAGUAUGAAGUCCUCCACAUUAGAUACUUAUUUUAUUUACAUGUAUAUGAUCAGAUAGAGUGAGCUGCUAGUGAAAACAUGUUCCAGUUCCUUCCUGGAGAGUUGGCAAUAACUCUAUUAGAAUCCUAACAAGGGCUAUUGCUCAGAAUUUAAUGACCAUAUAUUGGCUACAGAAGAUAGGUUACCAAAUGUGGACUCACCCAUUCUAGAAAUACUUUUAAAACAGGAUUUGCACGAGAAUCAGCUAUGCAGUACUAAUCUUAUCUGAAAUCCUUAGAUAAAAUUUUAACAAAAUAUCCAGUCUUUAUUUGAACAAUGAGUAACCACACUUGUCUUCUACAAGUAAAGGGCUAUAUACUAUCAUUAUCUAUGUAUACUCUCUCACGUUUACCAACAUUGAAGAAGAUCCCAAUAGGAUCUCGAAAUACAUAUCCUACAAGGGUUUAAACAAGCUUAUCUGAAAAGUAAAACUAUCUGAAAAACUGAUCUGAGGGAGAAGGAAAUCCACUGGGAUCAUAUUUUAAUGAAUACAUUUUUCAAGUGACAGAAUGAUCUAGAGCGGAUGAUAGUUUUAGGGAUAGUUUAGAUGGCUCACAUCCUGGGGAGAAAACUGUCUAGCCUUUUCUUUAAGUUUCCCUAUAUCAAGAAGCAAGACAAACAAUUCUAGCAAUCCUAAAAUUAAGCUUAAACAGAAUCAAUAAAUGUUAGUGUGCUGAUCAUUAUAAAUUUCAUCUCUUCAAAGUCUAACCUGAUAGUUUUUUCUCUUCACCUUUACUUUAUGAGUUGGAAUCAACCCGAUGGCAAUGGGUUUGGUUGGUUUUGGUUUACUUUAUCAAAGCUAUGGAUGCAACUGUCUAGUAUCACAGAAUGUUACAGCUGGAUCUUUGAAAGUCAUUGAGUCCAGUUCCCCUCAAUUUACAGAUGAUGAAAUAGGCCCAGAGAGGUUAAAUAUCUUGUCUGCCAAGCCAGAACUAAAUGCUUGGUCUUCUGCCUACUAGUCUACUGCAAUGUCCAACAUAUCAGGCUCACCACAGCAAUCCCAGGAAACAGAAUCUCCUGGACGUUUUGUUGGAUGUUAUCAGAGCACUUCAUGCUUCACUGAAAAGUCACAAUGGCAAGUUUGUAAGCACAGAAUUUUAAAAGGAACUCAAAUGGAAUUUCUAAGAUCAGCCUAUGGAGGAUAUGCUGGCUGCUUGCUGAGCAACAGAUAAACUUCUAGAAGUCUGGGUGCUACUCAGGUUGGCUGCAAAGAAAUUUGGGAACUUUAUGUGCUGUCCACUGAAAUUUUUACAUUGAAGACCAUGCAGUAGAAGGGAGUCUUUGUUUCCUUCAGCUGUUAGUAGAUGGUAAGACUAUAUGGUGUUUUCAAGCAUGGGCUUAAAAUUACAGUUGUUUCCUCAUCUAUAAAUAAUAGUGGGAUAAUAAAAGUACCUGUAUCUCAUAGGUAGUUAAGAAUAUUAUAGGCAUAAAGUAUGUAAAGAAGCCAGGACAGUGGCUGGCACAGAGGUCUCAGUUCACUUUAGUACCCAUUUCCAAGUGGCCCGUUUGCCUACUGCAACAGAUUUAGAGAUUCUGAGAGUCUGGUUAGAAAAAAAGACAAUUAGUUUUUUCAGUCUACCUUGCAGGGUGAGGGAAAGCAAACAAAAGUGCUGAACAGAACACUGGGCUGGAUGAGUUCAAACUAAAGUUUAGUCACUAAUUAGCCAAGUGAUUCUGAGUAGCUUUCCUAGCCUUAUUUUUAAGGUCAUAAAAUGGUAUGCAAAGUCCAAAUAUAAAUCUGUUAACUUAGUAUAAAUCUACCAACUUAGAACUGAUAAGUAUAUUAAAAGAAAUCGCUCCGGAUCCAAGUGGAAGCAGAAAUCUCUUGAAAUAUGUUAAAUCUUUACCCCCACUUAAUACUUGCCAGAAGCUCUGACUACAUUGUAACUCAUUUCAUGUUCACAUUCUUGUAUAAUGCCUCACAAAAGUGAACAAAGAAUACAAUUCUCAUUUUUUGCCAGCAUUAUUUUUUUAAAAAACAUUUCUAAUUAAUGCUUUUAGUUAAGAACGAAGGCACAGUCAUAUAGAAAACCUAGAUUUAUUUGUUAAGCUAUUACAAAGACAAAACAAUUCUCAUCUGAAGCACGUUGAGAACUUCAUCCCAGUUUCACUUGUUCUGUUACAGAAACUGACCUAAGAGGUUGGAGAUUAAAGGAUAUAACCUAAGAGGUUAUAACAAAACAGACUGGAAUUUUGCAGGCUAAAAUAAACAUGGUAAAAGGAGCCAAAACUAGUCAGAAGCCCAAGACUUGUGUUAGUGGUGGCAUGUGUGGCUAGGAUGUUUCCAAAGAGACUACCUAGAGAUGCCUGAAUUAAUCUGGCCCCCAGAUUAGUAAAAGGUCAUUGUCUCUGUGAAAAAUGAACAAAGAGGCUAGGAUUUCUCUGAGUUAUCUUUGUCUUUCUUUCCCCACCCAGUCUACUUCCACCUUCAAGCUUCUGUACAUUUUUACCACAUAGGCCUGCUAGAUUAUAGAAGAUGCAUAUAGUAAAGGCAGAGAUUAUAGGCCUACUCAGAGGGUACCUAGACACAGAAAGUUUUGGGGCCAACGAUCAACUACAAAUACUCUCUUAGUUAAUUCACCUUUGUU